AUGAUCUGCGCUGGAUAUGAUAAGGGUGGCAAGGAUGCCUGCCAGGGUGAUUCCGGUGGUCCGCUGGUAGAGGAUCGUAAGCUGGUUGGAGUAGUUUCCUGGGGGAUGGGAUGUGCUCUUCCGGGGUUCGCGGGAGUGUAUUCUCGAGUGUCUAGCGUACGUGAAUGGAUUCGAGAGACAAGCGGUCACAGUUUAUGUUCAGCAAUCUACCGUGCUACAAUGAAUUCGAUUACCCACAUUUUAAUUAUAACCAUUGCAAUUAUUGGCAUUCACGCCCUGCCGGAAUUGCAACAUCCUCUUCGGCCCUGGUGGAGUGGCGAUUCCCCUUCCAGCGAUCAUCGCAUCGUUGGUGGAUACGACGUCGACAUUAGUGAUGUUCCGUUUCAAGUUUCCCUAAACUACGGCUGGGGUCAUCAGUGUGGAGGAUCGAUCAUUAGCAGCCGUUGGGUACUGACCGCAGCUCAUUGCAUAAACUCCGGUAACCUCAAAGUUCGCGUGGGAUCUACUCGACAUGCUCAAGGCGGACAGCUGGUGAAGGUUGGUCGGAAACUAAAACAUCCCAAGUACGACUCCACAAGCAUCGAUUAUGACUUUGCUCUUCUGGAAUUGAGCGAAAACUUGCAGCUGACUGAUGCGGUUUCCCCGGUGAACCUACCGGAACAAGACGAGUCAGUCGUAGAUGGAGCUUGCCUGCAAGUAUCCGGCUGGGGUAAUACCCAAAAUGCAGUGAAGGUUAGCAAGACUUUGAAAGCUACGAAUGUACCAGCCGUUAAUCAGGAGCAGUGUGCCAAAUCGUAUGCUUCCUUCGGGAAAGUUACACCACGCAUGAUCUGUGCCGGGUUCGAGAAAGGAGGAAAGGAUGCCUGUCAGGGCGAUUCCGGAGGUCCACUGGUUGAAGGAAAUACACUGGUUGGGGUGGUGUCCUGGGGAUUGGGCUGCGCUCGGCCAGGAUAUCCGGGUGUGUAUGCACGUGUCGCUGCGGUUCGUGAUUGGGUACGCGAAGUAGCCGGCGUGUAA